AUCUGUGAAAUAUCGCUAUACCUUCACAAUAACAUAAAUAAUUUACCUGGCCACACGGCCAUUGAUUCAACACGUCGAUACAGACACGUGACUUUAUCGACCCAAUCAGUGCUCGGCAUGAAAUAGGCGAUGACUGUUGCUGAAGUGACAGAGCAAAUAAGUGGGGAGAAAUAGUCAAUUCAUUAAAUUAAAGGGCGGGAUUCCCGGAGGACGUGGGUUGAUACAGUCACAUAACUGCCCCGACUCUCCUAAACACCGGGCACUGGACUAAACAGCAAAACACGAGCAGUAUGGCAAACGUUGUAGAUCUUGAGGACAUUGUCAAAACUUGGGCCUGGACGAACUUUCUCAAGGUUCGCUCCAAAGAAAACAGCAAGCUCCGUCUGGAAGAUGUGCAGAUGAAUGUCAACUGGUCACGUGUUCGAUUCGUCACGGAGAAGCCAGUGUACGAAGACAAAAAUAUGGAGAAAAUUCCGAAAGCUCAAGUUGUAUUUAGGUCAACAUAUCACAACAAUACAGAGAACGAACAAGAGCAUUCCUUCCAAACCGAGAGAACAACGUCUUGUGUGAGUACAACCAGCAUGGAGAAGGGAUUCACCAAGGGAUUUAAUGUGGAACUCAAACUAGGACUUCCGGAGGAAGUGGCCGAGAUUACAGCGGGAUUUGGGAGAGAGGUGAAUAUGCAAACAGGAUUUGAGGAUACUUGUGAAAAUUCCUUGACCUGGGCAGUAAAUAGCACAAUUAGGGUCAAGGGAAACCAUUCCGCGACGGCGGAUCUUGAGGUGCGGGAAAAUGAUUUUAGUGCCAAAUAUAAAAUGUUAGUAAAAAUUCGAGGAAUUGUGAUUGUAUCUUUAACGAAUUUAAAAGACAAUAAUUCGUUUAUCCAGUCGUUUGAGGGAGAUUUUUCCCAGAUAAUGAAGGAUGAGCAAAAGAAAGGCACGACUGGUUUUACGAUAGAAGAAAGGACUGUACAUUGGGUUGUCGAGGGUAACUGUAGUUUCCGAUUCGGGGUGGAGCAGCAAAUUAAACUCAAAGAGGAACCGCUUAACAACUAAAUGAUGAAAGAGGAAAUCUGUGUAGGAGAUGUAGGACUGGACAUAUUUAGUCUUUGUGAAAUGAUGAUAAAUAUACUUAAUCGCCGGUAUCUAUUUAAUAUGAUUGAGUGUGUACACACGAUUUAGUCAUGUAUACUUGAUAAACGAAAUUCCUGAAAUGUUUAACUUUGAAGAUGAUUUACAAUGUGACCUUUAAUUUUCAUUGUUAGAUAAACCGGUCCAUUUUGGACAAUUAAUUUAUUGGGUAUUAUUCAAAUCAAAAUAUGAAUCAUCAACCUGCUGUAAAAUAUGAUGGAGUAUACACGAUUAUGAUGGAAUAUAUAUACUUAAUUAGCCUGCAUAGUACUAUGGACAAUUAAUUUCUUAAGUAUUAUUUCAAACGACCUAUGAUCAAGAUAGA